GAAAGCCAUUUCGUUACCGCCGCGGGAACAGCUAGUCAAUCAGGGGAAGGGGGGGAGUUCUUCCGGGGCGUGGCUCAUUCUGGGGGUUUCGCUUCCGGAAGGGUGUUCGGGCUCGUCCCACCCCCCCCUGGAGGGAUUCUCCACCAGCAACUGGGGCCGUCAUGGAGAAAAGUGGGAACAUUCAGUUAGAGAUUCCCGACUUCAGCAAUUCUGUCUUAAGCCACCUCAACCAGCUGCGCAUGCAGGGCCGGCUAUGUGACAUUGUGGUCAAUGUUCAGGGCCAGGCCUUCAGGGCACAUAAGGUGGUGCUGGCUGCUAGCUCGCCUUACUUCCGGGACCACAUGUCACUCAAUGAGAUGAGCACAGUCUCCAUAUCUGUCAUCAAGAACCCCACUGUGUUCGAGCAGCUCCUCUCUUUUUGCUACACUGGGCGGAUAUGCCUCCAGUUGGCUGAUAUCAUAAGCUACCUGACUGCGGCCAGUUUCCUACAGAUGCAACACAUUAUAGACAAGUGUACACAGAUCUUGGAGGGGAUUCAUUUUAAAAUUAAUGUGGCUGAGGUUGAAGCGGAAUUGAGCCAAUCGAGGGCAAAACAUCAAGAAAGACCUCCAGAAUCUCACCGAGCUUCCCCAUCUCUGAACCGCUCUCUGAGUCCGCACCACAGCACUCCAAAAGGAAGCCGCAUGGGCCAGGUCAGCACAGUGCUGGACAUUCGGGAACUUAGUCCUCCUGAGGAGUCUACAAGCCCUCAGAUAAUUGAGCAGAGCUCAGAUGUAGAGAGCAGGGAGCCCAUACUGAGGAUUAACAGGGCAGGGCAGUGGUAUGUGGAGACGGGAGUGGCAGACCAUGGUGGGCAGGGCGAUGAUGACGUCAAAGUACUUGGAACAGUACGAAUCAAAACAGAAAACCUGGAGGAGUGGCUGGGGACAGAAAAUCAACCAUCUGGAGAAGAUGGGAGCAGUGCUGAGGAAGUCACAGCCAUGGUGAUUGAUACCACAGGCCAUGGAUCAAUGGGACAGGAAAAUUACACAUUGGGUUCAUCAGGAGCAAAAGUGGCCAGGCCAACCAGCACUGAGAUUGACAGAUUUAGCCCUUCUGGUAGUGUACUUACUGUAAAUGAGCGGUACAGGUCAAAAAGCGAGUCUCCAUGGCGAAUGGAUGAACCUAAGCAACCCAGUUCCCAGGCACUUUUAUCCCAGCCUAACUCCAUGAGAAAAGUAGAAAAGUACCUGGGACAACAGAGCGCAGGAGAGGAGGUGGAGGAGUCUGCUAUAGUUGGAGUGAGUGGCUAUGUUGAAUAUCUACGUGAACAAGAAGUAUCUGAGAGGUGGUUUCGCUACAACCCUCGCCUCACUUGCAUCUACUGCGCCAAAUCCUUCAACCAGAAGGGCAGCCUGGACCGGCAUAUGCGGCUUCACAUGGGCAUAACGCCCUUUGUUUGCCGUAUGUGCGGCAAGAAGUAUACCCGCAAGGAUCAGCUGGAAUACCAUAUCCGCAAACACACGGGCAACAAGCCCUUUCACUGCCAUGUCUGUGGGAAGAGCUUCCCGUUCCAGGCCAUCCUCAACCAGCACUUUCGUAAGAAUCAUCCUGGCUGCAUGCCUCUGGAGGGGCCACACAGCAUCUCGCCAGAGACCACAGUCACAUCCAGGGGGCAGGCUGAGGAAGAGUCUCCUCUUCAGGAGGAAGCCGGUGCAGUGGGGGAGACAGCACAGGGAUCUGUGUCCACUACUGGGCCAGAUUGAGGCCAAUGCAAGAUGGGUGAGGGGGAUCCUCUCUAGCAGUAAGCAGACCCCACUGAGAUGGCGGACUGGUGUUCUCGUUUGUGCAAUGUCACCGCUGGACAAAGAAGCUCCUGAGAUCUUGCCAAAACAGAGAAGAUAUCAAAAUAAAGUGCUAAAAGCUUUCCCUCUUUUUCUCAUCUCCUUGGAGGGGAAAACAAAAACUGGGUCAUCCAACCUCUGAUUCAGGGAUUGACAGCUUUUUUAAAAAAACAAAAAAACAAAAAUGAAUUGGUAGUGAUCAAAGAGGAACAGCUUUUUUUUUUCUUUCCCAUGGCAGCAACUCUUCUGACCCCAUAGUCCUGUGGUCUGUUGAGAUCUAGCUGUGGUGAGAGCAGGGCAUUGGCUCCUGUGUAUUCCUUCCAUUGUUAUACCACCGUUGGAGACAUGGGGACAAGAACUGGUUAUUCUCUCUUUUGACCCCCAUCUCCCAGGUAAUUCUUCUUCUUUAAGAAGAAUGGCUGUCCUGGCAGGAUCUACCUUAUCUGAGUGUAUUUUAUCUCAUUUUGUUUUGGUGUGUCUUUUUAAAAUUAACCCAUUACCUAA